UCUGCCCUUUCCCCUUGUCUUCCUCCACUUCCCUUUCGGCUCCUUCCUGCGCUCGCGGCUUCAAGUCUACAAUGGCUUUUGCCAAAGCCCAGAAAACAAAGGCCUACUUCAAACGUUAUCAAGUCAAGUUCAAGAGAAGAAGAGAGGGAAAGACUGACUAUCGGGCAAGAAUUCGUCUUAUUAAUCAAGACAAGAACAAAUACAAUACUCCCAAGUAUCGUUUUGUUGUUCGAUUUUCAAACAAAGACGUUACAGCUCAAAUUAUUUCUGCUAGCAUUGCCGGUGAUUUGGUCCUCGCUUCAGCUUAUUCUCAUGAGCUUCCCCAUUAUGGGCUUGAAGUUGGUCUCACCAACUAUGCUGCAGCAUACUGCACUGGACUUCUCUUGGCUCGACGUGUCUUGAAAAUGCUUGAGAUGGAUGAAGAAUACGAGGGCAAUGUUGAGGCUACUGGUGAAGAUUACUCAGUUGAGCCAGCAGAUACAAGAAGGCCAUUCCGUGCACUCCUUGAUGUUGGUCUUCUCAAAACCACAACUGGAAAUCGUGUUUUUGGUGCUCUUAAGGGUGCUUUGGAUGGUGGAUUGGACAUUCCUCACAGCGAAAAGAGGUUUGCUGGAUUUUCCAAGGAUGGUAAGCAGCUUGAUGCUGAAGUUCAUCGGAAGUACAUUUUUGGUGGCCACGUUGCUGCAUACAUGAGGACUUUGAUGGAAGAUGAACCAGAGAAGUAUCAAUCUCACUUCAGCCAAUACAUCAAGAAGGGCAUCGAGGCCGAUAACAUUGAGGGACUAUACAAGAAAGUUCAUGCUGCCAUUCGUGCAGACCCCAUAGUCAAGAAAUCUGACAAGCCACAACCCAAGGCACACAAGAGGUACAACUUGAAGAAGCUGACAUACGACGAAAGAAAAGCCCGCUUGGUCGAGCGUUUGAAUGCGCUUAACUCUAAAGCUAAUGCUGAUGAAGACGACGAUGACGAUGAGGACGACGAGUGAAAGAUAAAAUUAUGAAACAACAGAAGUUGGUGUCCACAUUCAAGGAUUUUAUUGCAGUUCUGCUAUUUCUUAUUAAGUUACGUUUAUUGGUCUAGAACUUUUCACAUCUCUGGAGUGUUCUGUUACUUAGAUUAUGAUACUUUUGCUAGUCUUGACUUUGUGUCACUUUUGAGAGCCAGCCAUAAUCUCUUCUAAUGCAAAUCAAGUUUUGACUUCA